AUGUCACUCUGUGAGUACCUUCCACGACUCGAGACUAUUCUGGUAAAGAUAGUUCUUGGAAAGGAUGACACUGAGCCUACGAUCUCGGGCGUUGCGUUCCUGAAACGUGUUUUUACAGUGGUAACUAGGGGUGCCAAAUACUCGGUGGUUCUACCGGUGGAAAAUGCCGAAAAGCUUCAGAACGCUAAGAUCACACAAAUUCUGGCCAACGGUAAUAUCCUAUCGAUAAGAAUCAGUCUUAAUAGUGCCGAGAAAACAGCAGCAUCAUUCACUUCGUUGUCACAGUCCAAAACACAGAAGUGGUCUGUGAGUGAUCUAGUGAAGACCCCCAAGGACCAGAAUAACAUCAACACAUUCCAGUUCCUUUGCACUUAUUGUGACACGACGGUGGUGGAUUCUAAGGAAACGAAAUAUGCAGACAUGCCUUCAGAAUAUUGGCAUGAACUUAUGGACUUUUGGCACUGUCAUAAACCGCAUCAGAGCCAUCACGACAAUCACCAAAAAAGCUACGGGGCUAUUGUUCCUAAGCCUGGACAUGUAUAUAUUGGUGCAUCAUAUCUUUUCUUGCUUCGAGGCUCCAGCAAAUGCUACGGUUGCAAGAGACAACUAGGCGAGAUAACCAACGACAGUGCUAAGCUAUACAAGUGGAACUUGAAGCUCAAGUAUGGUGACACUAUCGAGUCGUACCCACCAUACGCCUUUGCAUAUUACGCUAUUCUCGAUAGAAUCAACUCUGGAGCCUUAAGGAAGCUCCAGGUGAAGAGCACGAAUGGUUCUAUUCGCCUAUGGAUACUAAGCGUGGGACUCUCCAUCAGCUACGACGAUUACGUCUUGUCGAAAGCUCUUAAAAUCUUAUACACCGACGAUGAGGAUCCAGAUCUAGAGGUACUUGAUGUACCAGCUGAAGUGUUCGAUAGCCUUACAUAUGUGCUCAAGGAAUGA